CGUCGGGGCGGCAGCAGCGGGCCAAAAUGAAGUUCAAUCCAUUUGUGACCUCAGACCGUAGCAAGAACCGCAAACGACACUUCAAUGCACCUUCUCACAUUCGAAGAAAAAUAAUGUCCUCCCCGCUCUCCAAGGAGUUGCGGCAGAAAUACAAUGUCCGCUCUAUGCCCAUUCGAAAGGAUGAUGAAGUCCAGGUUGUCCGGGGACACUACAAAGGACAGCAGAUCGGCAAGGUGGUCCAGGUGUACAGAAAAAAGUACGUCAUCUACAUUGAGCGUGUUCAGCGUGAGAAGGCUAAUGGCACAACUGUCCACGUGGGGAUCCAUCCCAGCAAGGUGGUGAUCACUAGGCUAAAACUGGACAAAGAUCGCAAAAAGAUCUUGGAGCGUAAAGCAAAAUCUCGCCAGGUUGGCAAGGAGAAGGGCAAAUACAAGGAAGAAACAAUCGAAAAGAUGCAAGAAUAGAUGGUUUCCUAUUUGACAUCAUUAAAGAACUGCUAAAAUUAAA